AUGCCAGAGGCGCCCGAUUUCACCUUUGAGCUGCGCUCUUCGCAAUUAGACCAGUUGAAAGGUAAAUAAAAUAACCAGGAACAGACUUUCAGGGAGAUCAACUUAAUCCAAAUAGUCUGAUUUUUAAUUUAUAUAUAGGACAUUUUAACCAGACUGUUUUAGAGUACAACAACGAAAGCUCAAUGUUUUUCUGCAUGUAAUUGUGAUUCACAUUAUUAUUGCAAACUACCUACCGACAAUAUAUAGACACCGAACAAUGUAGGUACCAAAGAAAGCUCAAUGUUUUUUUGCAUAGUUGAUGGUAGUUAUGGCAACUGGUCAUUAAACAGUACGUGCAAUGUGACUUGUGGCGAAGGUUUUGCAACAUGGACACGGGAAUGUAACAAUCCUGAGCCAAAGUAUGGUGGAAGAAACUGCAGUCAUCUAGGAGAAGCUGAUGGGUACAGACCAUGUUCAGCAAAGCCUUGUCCUGGUACGUUCGAUAGCUUUUUGAAAUAAGUACAAAACGACAUUUUUUGAGUACACGACGACAUUUAAUUUUCCUCGGUAUUUUAUAUUGUUAUCUAUAGUUAACGGUGGUUACAGCAACUGGACUUUGAGUAAGCCAUGCAGUGUUUCAUGUGGUGAUGGAGUGGAAAUAUGGCGACGUUUCUGUAAUAAUCCUGAGCCAAAAUACGGCGGUCAUAACUGCAUUGGAAUUGGGAACUCGACUGAGCUAAGAAACUGUAGCGAAAAACCAUGUCCACGUAAGUCUAAAAUGUGACCGAAAGUAAACUAACUUUUUUUUGCUAUAAUGUUCUCCCAAGAAAUCUCGUUAAGAUCAUCCCUUUUUGCGUUUACAACAGGAUGAAACCGUAGAACCUGGAGAAAACUUGAGCAGUUUGGUUUAGCUUAUUUGAAGCACUCAUAUUAUUAAACUUACUCCAAGUUUUCCUCUCAAAGGAGUUUUUACUUAAGAGUGCGCGAAUAUGUAGGCUGAAGGAAUUUUAAGGCGGUUUUGUAGAAAGGUUAUAUUAUUGCAUGCGAUUGAAAUGAAAUUCUAAUUAGGGAACUGCAUAUUACAGGAAUUAGACCCAACCACAGAGCUGCACUCACAUGCACUAACAACUGUGAUACCCACGCCCAUGUUACCAAAACAAACACAUUCAAAUACGUUUUCAAUAUUCGUUCAAAUAUUUUCACGUUAAACUACUAAUACCUUAAAUUUUCGGUAUGUGUAAUAUUUGGAUGAUUCUGAGAAGAAACGUUAUGUACUGAUCGUUAUAGUAAAAAUGCUCAUUUUGGUCAACUUUUUUCGCUGUCAAAGUUUCCAGAUAUGAUGUCAUUAGAUGAAUUUUUUUGGAAAAACAAGGGAAAGCCAACUUGUGAUUCAUCUAAUGACGUCAUAUGGUGAAAUGGUAUCCGCUUCUUAAUUGUAGAGCAAAUAUUUCUGAACAAGAUAACGAUACAUUUUUGCCUUCCUAUAUCAUAUUAUUUUUUACAAUCUACAUCAAAGAGAUGUAUUUGGUGUCAAUCGACCGAAGUAUUUCAACACAGCACAUGAUGAAAACUAUUUUAACGGCAAUACCAUGUAAACUUCCGUUUACAGAAUUGUAAUGCUAUUUGGGAUUUUGUUUCGGUGUCCGCCUGUUCUUAUGAGAGGUGUCUGCUUAUAAGAGGUCGCAAACGUAUAUGAUUUGAUGGGACUUGGGAGUGGUGUCCCCUAUAAGGAGAGGCGUCCGACUGUCCGCUUGCAACAGGUGUCCGCAGGGAAAGGUGCGACUGUAUUACUUCUUAGACGUACAAAGUUGUCGUUCAGUGUAGGAUUAUUAUGAAUGUUGUGUAUAUAUUCGAGUGAGGCCAAAAGCUACUGCCGAAAGUAAAGCCUAAAUUAGGCGGAAAAUUUUAAUUUAUAUUUAUUUUUAUAGUUUUAUAUAUUUUAAAUUUUUUAUAUAUUUUUAUUAAUAGUUUUCAAAAAUUUGCCGCCUAAGUUAGGCUUUACUUUCGACAGUAGCUUAUGGCCUCACUCGAAUACACAACAUUGUUUCUCAGAAUUAACAAAAGCACAUACAAAAAAUAAUCUUUGAGAUAUAAAUGGCACUUUAAGGCGAUGCAUAGUAUUUUUAUUCUGUAUUUCUAUACUAUCAGUCGAUGGUAUCUACGGCAACUGGACAAAGACACUAUGUAGUGUCACGUGUGGUCAAGGAGUCGAAAUAUGGACACGACAGUGCGACAACCCCCCUGGGAGAUAUGGCGGAAACUGUAGCAAAGAGGGGCCGAGUCGCGAAAUUCGAACAUGUAAAUUGGAAGCUUGUCCAGGUAAGAUCUGUGUCCAAUGGUUAUUAGUGAUUGAUAAUUCAGUUUUGUCAAAAUAGGCGGGUUUCCACAAAACUAGCCACUAUCAUGCAGCACAUGGACCAUGGUGUUUAACAAGUAGCUAAUUUCAGAUUGAGAAAAUUAUAUUAAUAUAUUUCUUUUCAAUAUGUUUAGUAGUAUAGGUUUGUGGCAAGCUAAAAAGUUUGCUUGAACACGGUGGGAAACGAACCCGCUACCUCUAGUUUGCUAGUCGAAUGCUGUACCAACUGAGCUACAAGGUCAAGUCGGUUUGAGUGCGUGAUAUUUCGGAACUCAGUCUAGUUCGUUCGAUAUCAGUAUGUUUUUAUGAUCUGGAAUUCUUGAUUCUGGUGUUGUGCACUCGGGUGAAGAUAUAUAUUUGUGAUAUUGCUCUGAUUCUGUCCCACCAAACAAGCUGAAAUUAAAGUUGAAAUUGCGGGUUCGAUUCCCACCGAGGUCAAGCAAACUUUCGUUCAGUUUGCCCGGUGUGGAUACAUUCAGAGCAACAUCUUGUACGUGACUUGAGUGCACGACACCAGAAAUAAAGAUUCAUGAUUCAUAUUUAGUAGUGUUGUUUUUGAAGAUAAAUAGGCAAUAUUGAGAAAUAAAUGUCUUUAAUUUUAAUUUUGUAUCUUGCUCCAAAUUAAAGUUUAAUUUGAGUGUCAUGUUUUUUCAAACUUGAGCAACAUCUGCUUCCCUGUACGUAGACGGAAUGUUUUAGGCGAUAAUAACUUAAUUGAACUUCCCAGUACGUAGACGAAAUGUUUUAGGCGAUAAUAACUUUGGAACAUCAAGAGCGCUAUCUUCUUAUUUUAAAAAGUGUAUCAUUUUUGUUUAUUAUUUGUAUGCUGGAAUUAUUGAUUUUACUGACUUAGAGUUCGGCAAAUCGCGCUUGUUUCUUCCUUGGAACAAACAAAACAUUUCACGGAACGGAUCACAUGUCUAGCAUGUGUGCCGGGUAGCUGAAAUUAUUUUAUAAAGCUCUUAAAACUGGUGACUACUAAAGGUAAAUUAAAUUCAAAAGAAGCUAACUAGCGAGUCACUCAGCAAAAUUUUCAUUACUGUUGUCGCGAUGAAAACGCAUUCGAUAAGUGAGGUCAAAAGAAGCGUUUUGCCAUUCGAGUGAACAAAGAUAUUUUAAAAAUUUCAGUCCUCUUCGACUCUCAGAUGAUUGGUAUCACCGUUGCUGCUGCUCUUCUUGUGAUCAUCGUAACAGUAGCAUGUUUUAUUUUCUUUCGUCGAAGACGACGCCGAAAACCAGGUGAGGUCAAAAUCUAAUUUGAUAAUUAGUUAAUCACAAUUUUCUGAUAGAGAACGACUUGAUCCAUUAUGUACAAGCCUGGCCGCGCAUCUUCCAUAUUUUUAUCGAUACUUAUUCCUUUCUAAAUUAUCAUUUAUUUCGGACAAUAAGUUUUUCCUGAAUUCUUCCCGGUCCUUUAUCAUAACCGUUCGCAGGAGGGCAAAGUCUUGAAAUUGCACUAGCUCCUGGAUUCGAUAGCGCGUACAAGGCGAGCGCUUAACCAUCCGACUAUUUAAGGAAUUACUUGAAAUCAACUGAAAUUUAUUUAAUUAAUUGGUAUCUUUUCAGUAUGUUUAAAGAACGAGGAAUUUUGACUUUGUUUACUUAAUAUAAACCAGAGUGUGAUUAAUAUAAACCAGAGUUUAAUAAUCUAUGAUUUUGUGUCGAAACGACUUCCCCCUGAAAAAAUAUCUUGAACAUUUUCUGUAAAUAUUUCAACAGCACUAUUGAUUAAUUCCAUUGGAUAAUUAUUUAUAAUAACAUUCAGUUGCCUUGCAAUUAUGGCAUCAUCACGCCGAAUCACUCAACCCUUCUGUUGAAAUAGCUAACAAGCAAAAUUUGAAAGAUUGGUGCACGGUGAAGUUUUCUGAACAUGAACAUGAAAUCGGCAUCAUGGACAAUUUAAAGUUUAUCGCAUUUCCAGACCAUAUUACAUUACAUCACAUACCUUAUUGACAUUCUCAUUAACGGGCUUGUCAAUGACAAUUUACAAUUUUACAGCAAUAAAUAAUUUUAUAAUUAGAUCUUUGUUAGUAUAUAAAAUUGCAGGUUGAACUGACGAGUAUGUGUAAUAUUUUCACUGAUAGUUUUGUGCCAUUGGGAACAGAAAUUAUCAAAUUAGCGUCUGCUGAAAUUCUGAUCUACCUUUUAAACUCCCUAGGCUCUCUUUAUUACGCCCGUUUGGACUUUUUACCGCAACGUUCCCGCGGUCCUCAACAACUAGAAAGCAACAAUGCUUCAGGAGAAAACGCGAGUUCAUCACAAGAGACUGGCACUUCUGGUGAAUAUCAAAACCUAACAAGUGAAGAGAAGCCAGCUCCAGGGCUCUCGCGUGGUGUGGUGAGCUACGGAAGAGAUUACAUGAACACAAGACCGGCGCGAAAUUCAGGGUAUGACAGACUUCAGAUAAUUCGACCAUUGGCUAUGGAGUGGCUGCGAAACGCGUGGGGGAAUGUUGACGAGUUUGGUCGUCAUGUUUAUGACGUCAUGCAACGCGUCCGCCAUGUUUUUGUCCCAUACCACAAGUUGGGCAACCCACAACAAGGUGAUUCGGCCGGAAGUGGAGUGGGCAGAAGUAAUAAUACUUAUAGUACAAUGGAAAGACCCGCAGCAGUUAUAUUGCCCACUGAAAGUGAGAAUACGUCGACGUCAGAAAAUGUUUGAUCUUUCAGACUAUAAACACUAACUGGUCUUUCAAUGACAAUUAAUUGACUAACCGGCAAAUGAUUUUGUUAUUGACUAUAGUGCAAUGUUCUAUAUUUCCAAGAUGGCGGCAGAACCAAGAGCAAACUAGAAAACAGUUUUGAGUAAAUUGAUCAGUUAUAAGAACGUACUACAUGUAGCUGUGGCAUAUCCUAACAUUUAGUUUGAAAAUUGUAAAUUGGAAACUAAGAAAACAAUGCAUUCUUGCGAGACAAGAAUCACAAUAGUUUUGGGAAGAAAAUUAUUCCUGAAUUUGUUAGGACAUUUUCGCUUCCUUUUUGAAGCAUUUAUAUAGUUAGAACUUCUGGGGCAGAGCUCCAGGAGUUUUUAGUUCAGUGGUUUGAUAAUCGUCGCAAAUCCGCGUUUCUACGAAUUUACAUCUUUUUAAAUACGAUGAAUUGCCACUUGCUUUUAAUAAUUAAUGAAUGCAUGAUUACUUGUUAGCUACUUGCUGAUGUUAAUAAUGAUCUAGCAGAUAUAUUACAACCUGUGUUUAUUGCUUUGUAAUUUUAUCUCAUGCAUUACUGAAUUAUAUCUUAUUCGAAUUUUAAAUCUUCACCUUAAUUAAAGCCUUGUUUCCAUAUGUUUGCAUAUGUCGCAACGGUUGUAAAGAUUGAGUCAACAGCCAAAAUACAACAGUUUAGAAUUGAAAAUAGGCAGAGUGAUUAUAAAUGCGUGGAUAAUACUUAUGAUUUAUAUGUGGUUUACAGGUAAAAACUAUGAUAAUCUGGCCGUUGAGAACGAUCGUGACUCUAUCUUUACGACCGUUACGCGACCAUAUGGAAACCUGGCUAAACUAAACCGGUGUAACUUUAUUCAUAUUAGAUAGGUCUAUCAACGGUCUUGUUCGCCUGUUCUCCCUAGAUCUAGAGGUCCAGUAAGAGCCACCCAAUAUAUUAUUCCAGUGUUACUACAAGAGAGAUCUUGUACUUUAUGGGGUUGCGAUUCAUCGAUCUUUAUUGACUCAUUGUUUCCACGUGAGGAAACUAUAUGGCGAGAAAUCCUACGGUGUUUGGAAGAUUUUUACAAUGUAGGAAACAAGUCGGAACAGUGUUAGGUCGCUCCGUACUAGAGGUGUGAGUCGGAUUGGAUUGGCAGCUUUGAAUGUGAAGUUUGGUCCAGGCUCUGAAUCCGAUCCGAAGCUCGAAAACGAAAUUCGAUGUGAUUCAAUUAGAAUAAUUCAUCUUGUGAUUUCUUAAAAUUAUAAAUUUGAAAAAAGCCGAAGUGAAAUUAUAGAUUAAUCAUGUUUUUGCGAGUUUAAUGACGUUAAAAAACAAGAUCUGACAUAUAGCCAGUAGCAAAAUCAAUCCCGAAUCCAACAGAAAAACAAACAAAAUUCUAUCCGAACACGUAAAAUUUUGACUGGAUUCGCACACCUCUACCCCGUGCCUAUAUGACAGGUUCUGAAAAUGACAAUAAACUAUCGAAAUCAUCUUUCUAAAAAGCGAGUCAUAAACACCGACCCCUUUUGUUUUAGAGAGCAAAUCACCAACACAUGUCCGCAUGGUACUUACUGAUAAUUCUACCCCUAUACAGCUCUGUCUUGCAUAAUUCAGUGUUGCUGAUUUCACUUUUGCAUAUCUCAUUUUAAGGAAACGAUGACUUAGCAUUCUUAACAUACAGGUAAACAAUUCAUAUUUUAAAUCACGAAUAAUGUCCAUCAUGGAAAAGUAAUACUAAAGAUAUUUGUAAGAAAAUAACAGCAGGAAGUUCUGCUCUCCGUCGUGACAAACCUUUUGUUCAGAAAGAUACACGUACUUCAAUAUACAAUGCAAUUAUUCAUCCACACUUCGAUUAUUGUACGUGGUGAAGUGUGGGAUGUACUUGGUGAAACACAUUCAAAAUGACUUCAAAAACUCCAAAGAGCUCCUUGAGUUAUCACGAGUAUGAGCAACGAUAUUGAUCAUUCUAUUGCUUUACAUGCCUUGGGCUGGGAAGCACAUAAGUUGAUGAGAGAAAAGUCAAAACAAAAGUGAGGUGACAAAUCACAAAGUUUGGGGCAUUUCCAGUAGUCUACACAACCUCGAACUAAUAACAUGAAAAAUAGUUUCAUGUGCGACGGUGUUCGUGUAUAUGGAACUAUAUAUUCCAAAAGAAAUUAGGGAGUGCAAAUCCCUAUCAUGUUUUCGAAAUAAAAUUACUACUCGCAUUUUUUGAUUAAUACAUAUCCUAAAAUAACUUUUAACAAAAACCUGUACAUAUGUAAAUAUACUUCUAAUUAUUUUACUUAGACUUAGUUGAUAUCAUAUUUUGUAAAUAGCUUAAAAUAUUAUAUUUUUUGUACUUCCUUUUCUUGCACGCCCCCUGUGGAAAUCAGCUUGGGUUGACAGGGUUAGCGUGGGUAAAUAAAAUCUUUCUAUUGAAAUUCGAAAUCUAUUAAAAACCUGGUAUUUUUUUAUAUUGAUUACUACGCUUUUAUAUUAAUUAAAUACCACGUUUUUAAACGAUAUCCUAUAAAUCUUAAACUGUUCCUCACAUGUUUACAAUCCUAAUCGCCACCCUAAUGCUAUAUGCCAAAAAUUUACAUGGUAAUUUGCAAAAUGUACAUUCUUUCAACAAUGGUUAAUUAACCCCACCCUACUUUUCAAAUAAGCCUGAAUUUAAUGCCGUAUUGAGGAAUAUAUUUUUUUAGUUCAUGUAUACCAGCAGAAGAAGAGCCUGUAUAUACUGUCCAGGGUGACUGUCAACCUGUCAUCAGACUGGAAAAACCAUUUUGUGAACAUUACGGAUAUAAACUUGAUAAAUAUGUCAAUGUGACUGUGUACUUACAACAGUUUUGGAAUGACCGUUUGUGGCAUUUACAGGAACAAUACCACCAAGUAUUAUUUGAAGGGCAAAAUGUUUCAGCAUCGUGCAUGGACCAAGUUCGCUUCGCUGGCUGUUACUAUACGUUUCCAGGGUGCGAUCGCAGCACAAGAGUAUUUAGACCAAAGCAAUUUUGUAAAGAGUCGUGUCUUCAUUUUACAAAUGAAUGUAGUGCGUCUUUGAAACAGUGGAUAGAUGUAUCCUCUUCAUUCUAUCCGGGAAAAGAAGCCCUGUUCAAUUGUUCGAAAAAACCAACAAGAAAUGCCGGAGACUCUCCUGGGUGUCUCUAUUAUCACAGGAAAAAAAGUUUAGAAAGCGAAGGUAUGUUGGUUGGUCAUUGGUCAUUGGGUCGCUAAAAUAUCCGGUCCUCUGUCGGGCGGGGGGGGGGCUGUUCAUUACGAGGUUCAGUCAGUCCUUCGGUCGCUCAUUAUAAUACUUAAUAUGUCUAAAUACUACUUUAUCUUGUAGAUUGUCUGUACUUAGACGGCAGCGGUUACUAUGGCAACAUAUCUGUGACAGGCUCAGGUAUUUCUUGUCAGUCAUGGACAGAACAAUGUCCUCAUCGUCAUACCAUGAACGAGACAUAUCCGGAACUAAAUAACGCCGAGAAUUAUUGUCGAAAUCCUCAGAACUCAGGACAACGACCUUGGUGUUUUACUACAGAUAGACAUAAGAGAUGGGAGUACUGUGAUGUCCCAAAAUGUAUACCAG